AUCGGAACUCGCUGUUCAAGGCCAUGAUGGCGGCAGUCGUGUACGGGUCCAACAUCGGCAGUAGUGGCACCUCUCGUGGCUCCCAGCAGAGCUACUACCUGCUGCAUUUCCUGCGCCAGACGUACAAGGGCGCGACCACGCUCAACUACAUCACCUGGACAGCGUACUCGGCGCCGUCCGUGGUCGCAUCGGCCGUGUUCCUGUGGUGGCACCUCUGCAGGCGAUGGGUGCCCAGAGCGUUGCAGAGUACGGCUUGGAACCACGACGACACAGACGUCUGCCAUGUAAAGUACGCCACGAUCAGGAGACUUGAGCACAAGUCUUACGAGACCGUGGCAAUAAUUAUGAUGGUGGCCUACGUCAACUGUUCCCUCGUCGGCCAGGAUUGGAUUAACAUUAACGACGAUACCAGCUCGGUUCGCUCGGAGACGGUGAUGGCGGGCCUGACGUCACUUGCCUUCAUGGUUCCUACGAGGCGUAGCCGCGGCUCUCUGAAUGCGGGUGUUCUCUCGGCCGACGUGAUCCAGACUCGCAUGCCCUGGGGUGUGUUCCUGCUGGCCGGAGCUGGAUGCGCCAUGACACUCUGCUUUGAGCUUGGUGACGUGAGUGCCUUGCGCCUGGAGCUGGUGUCAGCCGCUGCGGACUUGCACCCUGGCCUGGGCGUGGCGCUGCUGUUCACGCUCCAGAGCUUCCUGGUCGAGAUGAAGAGCAGCCACGACAGCGUGCUCCACCUCAUGGCUCCCAUGGCAACAAUGGCGAGUGAGCGCCGGUGGAACCCUCUGCGGCUCCUGCUGCCGGUGACCAAGGGCGCCUCGUUGGUGUUCCUGCUGCCGGUGUCCUCUUAUGGAAACGCGCUGCUCUUCGACUAUGCGCGCAUGUCUUGCUGGGAGAUGAUUAAAAUCGGCUUUCCAGUCAAGAUUGUGACUAUCGUACUCGAGCUGGUCUCGCUGGUCACCGUCGGCACCGCCAUGUUCGACCUGGACCAUGUUCCCGCUUGGGCGACGCAGCCGCCGCCACUGACGCCGGUGUCGGCGUUCAACAUGACGUCACUCGACAUCCUCAACGUCACGAGUGCCGCCUGAGUCUGUGCGCGAAGACGCAGUAUGCGGGAGUCCGCUGUCGUUUUUUUUUUCUUUUAUUACGCGAUGCGAUAUCAAUAUCGACUCAAAUAUUUCCUAUCGCUUAAAAUGUGUUGUUUCGUUUUGUGAUCUCAUCCACGGAUCACUGAUGCGACUGCACCAGAACAGGAGUUUGCCUUACGAGAAUUGUUUUCCCGUCGGCCGUGAAUACUUAUAGCGAGCGUGCGUGUAAAGCCUGAAGCUGGUCAAGCCUUUGACAACAAUGUGCAGCUUUAAUCUUAAGAGGACGGGAAAGCUUGUCGACUACAUAGCGUUGCUGGCGCCAAUUGGACUUGCGAUUGCGUGCUCCUGCGAUUUAAUUCUUAUUUUUCGACGUUGUCGGCGCUUGCAGAACUGCGUUUUAUUUUUUCGUUUUAUUUGCGCUGCGAAAUCUGUACCGCAGCAAGCGUCCAAUAGGUUCGGUGCGGCGAAGCAGUAGACACCAAGCGAAUAAGUAAUAAUAAGGUAAUAAGUUUCGAAUCACUGCACUCCUUACACAUCCGAGCGAUCUUCAUACGCGCAGAAACGUGACCGUGUACGAAUUACGACUGCGAUGUGGGACAGAGAGCGCUUUGCACUGCGUAAAACGGCGCCUUGCGUAGCUCUCCGCGUCCGGUUCGGAAGCAAGAAACUUGAACGGCUCCGAAAGUUUGUGUCAUACAUGUCCACGCUGUUGUGAAUAUAGAGUUAUUGUGGCGCGUGAAUAAAGCGAUAUAUUUGUCGCAUCACGUGUGAGCACAAUAUUCACAGCAUUCGUCCUUCAUCUUUUUGACCCGUAUAUAAUCAUCAUCACUGUGAGCGUUUUCUUCGUUCGAAGGGUCGCUCGGGCGACUCUGCCGAAUAAACGUCGUCGAGACCACAACUGUGCUGCCGUCUUGCAGAGUGGUGGAGGUGCUGGGCAUAAUUACAUAAUUAUCGAAUUAUAGAAUUACAUAUUUAUAUAAUUACAUAGGCAUAAUUACAUAAUUUUAGAGAUUAUCUUGGAUUUGAUAAUGCAUUAUUUGAAAAGUUACAAAAGUUUCUAUUUGUGCACCUUUUAAUCGUUUUAUUUUUCAGUGGUGUAUCCAACACUCCAUGAUCCGUGCACACAUGCCCUCGGCUGCUAAUGUAGCAGCGUGGUAGAGCGGUAUUUUGAGCACAUACAUGUUAACUUCCGUUUCCUAAAUUAUUCCCGUAUGGGCAGAGUAUUAGCUGUUUCCUUCAAUUAAUUUCAUGUUCAGAAAGCUUUUGAGUAACCCGGCCGUUCGGCCCUUCCAUAACAAGCAAUUAUGGCCCACUAAUUGGUAACUUCCAUACCGCUAGGCUCUGUGAAGGUUUUUUACGCCAAGUAGUAUGGUUGCGGAGAAUUGACUCGUCAAUAAAAUGCA